UGGGGAUAUUAGAGUUCCUUUUGGUUUGGUUGGUGGUUUGAUGGAGGGGAAUGGGGAAGAGCGAGGAGGGUAGUGGUAAAGAGGGGAUGGAGGAGUUGGGAGGGAAAGUGCCGAUGAUUGAGGAAUGAGGGUUUAGGAAGGAGGAGAUGGAGUUGUUAUCGACUCUAAAACCCAGCAUCAAGGCUGGCGAGGAAGCUGGGCUUCACCAGCUCCGAACAGUCCUGGACACUAAAACCAGUUUUGACCAUUACAACGAUCAAAAGGAUGAAUUACAGCAGAAAAAGGCAGGACCAGCCAGCCUGACUCAGUGGGUGGUCAACGGGUGACUUUCAGUAAGAAGAGUGUAUGAAGAAGUAGGAAGACUGGAGAGCAAGCAAGCGGAAGAGAUAGAGCAAUUCAGAAGCGACCUUUUGUUACGAGAUUUUCUUUACUUCAGAGCUUUGAAGUAUCAAUCUAAAUAUUUUAAUGCUGAGUAUGGGAUAUAUGACAGAAGUAAUGACAAAUGGGAAACUGAUCCAAUAAUAAUAGAGAAAAUUAAAGGAGCCAAAUCAGGAAUGCCAAUGAUCGAUGCACUUGUGAGAUGCUUAAAAACAACUGGUUACAUCUCUUUACGUGGAAGAAUGAUAUUUGCUCAUUAUUUUUCACAAGAUUUAAAGCAAGACUGGAGAAUAGGGGCAAAAUUCUUCCAAAAAUAUCAGCUUGAUUUUGAACCAUGCAGUAUCUAUGGUGAAUGGCAUGCUUCUGCAGGAAUUGGGCCAGGAAAAAUCUACAAGUUUCAUGUCCUGAAUCAAGGUCAAGCAUUUGAUCCGGAUGGUUCUUUUAUCAAAAGCUAUUUGCCAGAACUUGAAAAGGUUCCAAUUGAAUUCAUCCAUGAUCCAUACAGGAUGCCAAAAGAGCUUCAGCAAAAAUGCGGAGUUAUAAUUGGAGAGACAUAUCCUCGCUGAAUUGAAUGAGAAAGAUACACUCAGAAAGAUCGAAGAUAUCCCACAGAACGCACACUGGAGAGUCAGAAGAAGAUAUUUGAAAAGGUGAUAAAGCCAGGAUACUUUGUCAAGACCACCCAGCAAACAUCCAGAAGAGUCAAGCUGCCUAAAAUUGAUUAAGAUCUCUUCCUGCUCAUGUGA